AUGGCCUCCACUUCUACAGGAACAGAUACCUCCGUUGAGGGGCUAUCACCGAUCGGCAACAACCCUUCCAAUUCCUGGCUUUACAAUCCAGCCACCGGCCUCAUUGACCUGACACGCGAAGACUCCACCUCAGACCCAACAGCCCUUAUCUUAAAAACCACCACGCACCCGAUCUGCAUCAACCCCGCCAAGACAGCCCUGAUCAUUAUCGACAUGCAAAACUUCUUCCUUUCCUCGGCCUUGGGCCGAGUCACUAGCAGCGCCGGCCUGGCCGCCGCCGACGCACUUCUUACCACUGGAAUCCCCGCCGCGCGGGACGAGGGCAUCCGUGUCGUCUGGGUGAACUGGGGCCUGACAGACGAGGAGGUGGAUACAAUGCCACCGUCAAUGAUGAAGGCGUUUGGAGCGUACGAGAUGCCGGCCAGCAGCAGCUAUGGCGAAGACACCUAUAGCAACCUUCCGAAGAGGAAAAAGAAGGCACGAACCAUAUACAAGGGACUCGGGGUGGAUUUGGGUCCCGUCGAGCUCGGUGACGGCACGACCGUUGAAGCAGGCCGCGUCCUGAUGCGUGAUACGUGGAACGCGGCGCUGUGUCCGCCUCUAGACGGCGAGUAUCGGAAGGGGCUGCAGGAUGUGUGGAUCCACAAGAAUCGCAUGUCGGCGCUCUGGGGUCAGCACUCGGAUCUCCAGGACUUUUUGGAUAAAGAGGGCCUGACUACUCUGCUGUUUGCGGGAGUAAACACCGACCAGUGUGUGGGGGGCACGCUGGCUGAUGCGUUUAGUAGAGGAUUUGACUGUAUUCUGUUGAAGGAUGCGGUAGCGACGACCUCGCCGCAGUUUGCGACUGACUCGUGGGAGUGGAACUGUGCGAAUACUUAUGGGUUUGUUACUUCGUGUGGGGCUUUGCGGCGUGAAUAA